AUGAGUGAUGUCGAGCCUGUCUCCCUCCCCGCUGCCCUAGAUGUCGGUCCAAACAACACUCUCGCGGCGGUGAAGACGGAUGGCGAUGCAGACACGCGCCCAUCGGGACGGCCUUUGUCUCCCGAUCGCAAGAUCAAGGCUGCAACACCGGUUUCUGCCACUACUGCUACUGCUGCAGCUGCACCUCUGCAGCUGCACCGAGACAGCGCUGGAUCGCAUCCGGUGGAUGAGGAGGAUGACGAGCAGGGUCCGCCAAGUCCCAAGGCGGACUCGGAGGCUGAAACGAUCAUUCAAUCCGGUCGAGAAUCUCUGUCGCCAGAGAAGAAAAGGAAACAUAUCAGACAUGAUCCCAAUCGCCAGGGCGUCGACGGAGUGGAUGGGAUCCAACAACGGAAGAAACCGCGCAUCGAUCGUCGUGAUGGAGAGCAACGCGUCUCUCGGGCGCGGAGCCCGCUGGACAGAGCUGGCUCACCCCCGUCGGUGGUGAAAGUCGAGAAAGUGGAUGAUGUGCCAUCAGUUUCGCAGGAUGUAAUGGAGGAGAGAGGUAGUAGCAAUGAUGGCCCCGAGAGACCGCGCAACUAUCGGAAGCGCAGUUUUAGUGAUAGUGUGGACGAAAAGAGGGAACGACGCCGCGAUUCGACUGCGCAUGCUGCUCGCGAUCUCAAACAUCUCAAUCACGCCCGCCUUUCCCGCCCAUCCGCCAGUACUCGCUCGGUGUCUCCUGGUCGAUCUUCCCACCAACGGUCUUCGUCCGGCUCCCAUCUGCCCUCCAAGAAAAAGGCACCAGCCCCUCUUUUGACCGGAUUUCAACGCCAAACCUCUGAGGACCGCCAAUCAACCUCUUCCUCUGCUAGCGGCUCCCCGCUUCCCAGUGCUCAUCUGCGGAAGCUGGGCUCUGGCGUGGGGGCGUCUGCAUCGCCUGCCGCGAAGCAUAUGGGCCCGAAGAAACUGCGCGACAAGAGCGGUCGCACUCCUCUCGCACGUGCAUGCGCAGACAGGAAAUACGACCAAGUAGUUCUGCGCUAUGGCGAGCGUCCGGAAGAUUUGAAUGUCCCCGAUAACGCUGGUAAUACCCCUCUACAGGUCGCGUCACUCAACGGUGAGGAACAGAUUGUGAAGUUCCUGCUGGAUGCGGGCUGUGAGAUCAACACGAAGAACAUUGACAAGGACACACCUUUGAUUGAUGCAGUGGAGAAUGGGAAUGUAGAUGUCGUGAAACUGUUACUCGAUUCAGGUGCCAAUCCUCGAACCGUGAAUGCCUCUGGAGAUGAACCGUAUGAGUUAGUACCGACGGACCUCACCGACGAUGAAUAUGAUGAGAUUCGAAAGCUGCUUGCGGAUGCCAAGGCAAAUUCGCGCCCUGGACGACGAUCUGAAGAGCAGCAAGUUGGACCUGACAAGCCCCCGCGGUCCCGCCGGGCAUCCGUGGCCAGCCCUUCUCGAAGUCCACCACCUAUGGCGAGCACAACCGGUCGUCGCAAGACCGGCCGAAGUGAAGCAACCCGCAAUGACCUUUUGUGGACUCAACCGACCUCCGAGAACCUGCGCGAGUUUGCCGCCAAGGGUGACGAGCAGGGCGUGGUGAGCAUCUUGAAUAUUCUGCAAAAGGCCGACAAUGCGUCCUUGAUCGCUGCUGCCAAGGGAGGGCACUUUGACGUGCUGUCUCUCAUGUACGCCAUCGGUGAUGCAGACGCAGAUCCAAACCCAUUACGCGGAUCUGGCCAUAAGCCGGGCUACAACACUCCCAUGCUCGCUGCCAUCGGUCGGGGCAAUAUGGAUAACAUCCAGCUCAUCCUGGGUCAGCCCGGUUUUGAUCCGACACGUCGACUUUUCGAAGACAAAACCUACUAUGAACUGUCGCGAUCCCGCCAAGGCGAGAAUUGGGAGGAAGAAUAUGAUAUCCUGAAGAAGGCGUACGAGAACUACUCGGGUUCUGGCAAGGGGCGGAAGGAUUUAUCGUCCCCGCGUCGUGCCCGUGGCAAGGACAAGGAAGAGAAACGAAGCGCCCGCCGGGAGUCUUCUUCGCCUGUGGCUCGCACGAAGAAGCUCAACGACAGCAGCCCCAACGCCAACCGCCAACGGUUCCCCAAGGAUCAUGAUGCCCUGAGGGAGAAGCGCCGGGAAGAGAAGAAGGCUGCAGCUGCGACGGCAAGCGGUCGCACAAAGACCACUUCGCGAGACGCACGAGACACCCGAGAUGCGCAUGACCAUGCGCUUGCCAGCUCUGAUCAUGAUUCAGGUCGAACAGAGUCCAAGAAGCCCAAGGCUGCCCUCUCGGCACGGAGAGGCAGUGAGUCUAGCGGGGUUGCUCGAACUGAUGAAGUUCGAAAGAGACGUCUAAUUGCGGGGCGUCGUCCACAAGAUGGUGAUCGACGACCCAGCCUCAUUUCUUCUGAUUCCCUGUCUGGCCGAGAAGAAGCUCCCAGGUCACGCGACAACCCUCCCGAUUCCAUAUCCUCUCUCAAGCGUAUUCGAACCGAUACUUCUCCCGAAAGAUCUCGCUCGCGGGAUGGGGAUAGCGAUCGACUGUCACCGGAAGCGCGGAAGAAGAAGCGCCGUGUGCUGGCGGAAGAGAAGGCAUCAAACCUGCCGAAUGGGUCUUCCCGGAAAGCAGAAGAUACGAAUGGAGACAAACCUCAACAUCGUCGGCCGAAAGAGGAAACUUCGCAAAGCACCGAUCCUGCCCCACGCAAGUCAACUGAGACCUCAAAGAAACCCGAGCCCUCAUCUCACAAACCUGAUUCCUCUUCUCAUCCUCAACACACAUCUUCUCAGAAGUCGACCAACUCUGAUUCAAUCAAGAAGAACGGAGAUGUGAAGACUGAGCCCCCCGAACCUACUCCCAACUCUAUUCCCGAGGUCUCGACUGACGAUAAGCGAGCUGGGCUUGAGGCCGAGAAGCGCCGGCAAGCUGAAGUGAAGAAGGCAGAAGAAGAACGUGUUGCCGAGGAGAAGCGUCGUGAGGAAGAGGCUGAACGUGCUCGUCUGGCCAAGGAAGAAGCGGAAAGAGCUGCCCAAGCUGCACGUGAGAAGGCCGAAGAGGAGGAACGCAAGCGCAAAGAAAUGGAGCAACGUCGGGCCAAGCAAGCCGAAGAUGAGCGCCAGAAGCGACUGGAACAGGAGCGAGCUCGCGUGAUCAAGAUGCGCCGUGACCAAGAGGCUCAAGAGCAACGCCGUCGUGACGCUCUACCUGGUCGCUUGCGUGCUUCUGCCAACUUUGUGGGUUCCAAUGAUCCCCGCGCGCGGAGUCACUCGUGGCUCAAGAACUUCUUGCCUCUGGUUACCGUUGUCACUCGACAGCUCGACCCUGGCUGUGCUAGUGAUGUGGCGGACGAGAAAUGGAUCCCGAACUACUUGGUCGCUCCCCUGCUGGCUACCAAUGACCUACAACUCUCUCAAUAUGCCAGCUGGGAGAAACGCAAAGCAACCACAACCCAACGCAUGAACCUCUGGCGAUGCACUCGCAGGAUGUUAGUCUACACUGACGAUCCCAGAUACCACAAUGCGUCGUUUGGAGAGAUCAUGCAGCUGGAUUGCGAGACGCGACCCAAGUAUUUCGAGAUGGAACAUGUCUUUUGGAUCAGACUCUCUGACUUCAUGGACCUCGUCCCACACAUCCCCCAUCUCAACGGUCUCGACCUUGAGUUCAUGAGCAUGCACCUUGACCCAGAGCCCUCCGCGGGCACCUCCCACCAUACCAAUGGUUCCACGACUGGCACUUUUGCCGUGGGGGCCAACGGCAUCGGGGCUCUCAACGGCCAUGGCCCUGGCUAUCCUCGACCCGGUACAUACUUCUAG